UAAAUAUGUAUUUCGUUGCAUUACAGAGUAGAACUUUUGCAGGUUCAAAACCGCUGCUCCAACCUGCAUUAGAAACAUUUGAAGUUAUGAAUCUUUGAGACAAACGUGAAGAAAAUCAAACUUGAAAAUGUCUCGCCAAAUCUUUGUGAGACAGGGGGACCAUAUAUGGUUGCUGGACAAAGCGACACAAAAUGGGACGAAAGUUCCGUUGGGGGCUGUGGUUAAGAUGUCCGACUCCGGACAAGUUAAAGUAAUUGAUGAUGAAGGAACGGAACACUGGUUGAAGUCUCCUCUUACCAACAUCAAAGUGAUGCAUCCUACAUCAGUGGAGGGAGUAGAGGACAUGAUUCGACUCGGCGAUCUUAAUGAAGCAGGAAUUCUCAGGAAUCUUCUUAUUCGUUACAAUGAUGACCAAAUUUAUACGUUCACCGGGUCGAUUCUUGUUGCUGUGAAUCCUUACCAAGUCCUUCCGCUUUACGAUAUUGAUUCUAUACGAAAGUACACCCAGAAAAAGUUGGGAGAGUUACCUCCUCACAUCUUCGCAAUUGCUGAUAAUGCUUAUAACAAUAUGUUGAGGAAUGAACACGACCAAUGUGUGAUCGUGAGUGGGGAAUCCGGAGCUGGCAAGACUGAAUCAACAAAACUUGUCUUACAAUAUCUUGCUGCAAUAUCUGGACAGCAUUCAUGGAUUGAACAACAGAUCUUGGAAGCAAAUCCAAUUCUUGAAGCUUUUGGAAAUGCCAAGACGAUCAGAAAUGACAAUUCCAGUCGUUUUGGAAAGUUUAUUGACAUCAGAUUUAACCAGGAAGGAAUCAUACAAAGUGCUAAGAUUGAUCAGUACCUGCUGGAAAAAUCAAGAUUAGUCCACCAAACAACUGAUGAACGAAACUAUCAUGUGUUCUACUGUAUGUUGGCUGGUAUGCCUCCUGCUAAGAAACAAGAACUAGGGUUGGGAAAACCUUCAGAAUAUGUCAAUCUAACACAGCAAUUCAAAACAGGGGGUUCCUGCUUAGAAUGUGCUGGUAGAAAUGACAAGGAAGAAUAUGGAGAUAUUGUUCGUGGGAUGAAGGUUCUCUUGUUCAGUGAAACUGAAAUUUAUGAAAUUUUCCGUUUGCUUGCAGGAAUUUUGCAUACAGGAAAUUUUAAGUUUCGCGAAACAAUGACUGACAACCUUGAUUCAGUUGAACUGAUUCACAACUCUGGUGUUAAACGAACAGCACAACUGCUUGGGGUGAAUGAACAAUCACUCAUGAGAGCAUUGACCCAGCGUACAAUCAUCACACGUGAGGACACUGUGAUAUCACCCAUGAACCUUGAGCAAGCUAAUGACGUCAAGGACGCCUUUAUAAAGGGAAUGUACGGUCGCAUGUUCGUAUGGAUCGUAGACAAAAUAAACAGCGCAAUAUUUAAAGAUCCAAAAUCGAAAAGGAAACACUGGUACUCUAUGGGGCUGCUGGAUAUUUUCGGAUUCGAAAAUUUUGGCAACAAUAGUUUCGAGCAACUGUGCAUCAACUUUGCGAACGAGAAUCUUCAACAAUUCUUUGUUCGACACGUCUUCAAGCUUGAACAAGAGGAGUAUAACAAGGAAGCGAUUGAGUGGAAGCAUAUUACUUUCAAGGAUAACCAGGAUGUUCUUGAUAUGAUUGCUGUUAAACCAAUGAACAUACUUGCUCUGAUCAAUGAAGAAUCCAUGUUUCCAAGAGGUAGCGAUGGUUCAAUGCUAAACAAACUUAUCAAACAACAUGGGAAGAAUAUUCUGUUCAAGAAUCCCAAGAACCAAUUUGAUGAAACUUUUGGAAUUGAACAUUUUGCCGGCCCUGUUAGAUACUGCUGUGUUGGUUUCUUAGAGAGAAAUCGCGACACUUUCCAUAGAGAUCUUACAACUCUUAUAGAAGGCACAAAAAACAAAUUUCUCAAACUUUUGUUUCACCAAGACUUAAAAAAUUUUGGUUCGAAAUCUUCAUCUACUCGUCGUCGAAACAACACGUUGUGCGAACAAUUCAAGAAGUCACUUGAUGCACUGAUGCGCACGCUGUCGUCAUGCCAACCUUUCUUUGUUCGUUGCAUCAAGCCUAAUGAAACCAAAGCUGCACAUGAUUUUGACAGGGAGCUUGUUGCUAGGCAACUGAGGUACUCAGGGAUGAUGGAAACAAUCCGCAUCAGAAGAGCAGGAUACCCGAUCCGAUACAGCUUCUCUGAGUUCAUUGACAGAUACCGUAUGAUUGUAAGAGGCUUAAAACCAUCAAAACUGGAGAACAACCAUAUAGCUGCAUGUAAAAAGAUCAUUAUAGGAGCACUUGGUGAGACAUCUGACUGCCAGGUUGGAAAAACUAAAGUCUUCCUCAAAGAUGCUCACGAUGCAAGGCUGGAAAUUGAACGCGAUUCUGCUAUUUCAAGAUGGGUGAUAGUUAUACAGAGAGCUGUAAGAGGUUGGUAUUGUCGUCAUCGUUAUGUACUGAUGAGGAAAAGUGCGAUUCAAAUACAAUCUGCAUGGAGGAAAUACACAGUGCAAAGGCAAUACUUUACUAUCAAGAACGGAUACUCUCGUCUCCAAGCUCUCUGGAGGGCAAGGAGGCUGGCAUUCCGAUACAACUUCGCGAGGAAGAGGAUCAUCCGCUUCCAAGUCCAGUGUCGUGGAUUCCUUGCGAGGAAAAACUUCCGGCAUAAAUUGUGGGCAAUUAUUAAGUUACAAUCCUGCAUUCGAGGAUACAUUGCCAGGCAGGAAUACAGGAAACUUAAGAAUCUUAGGAAGGUUAAGAAGCUGCCUAAGGGUCAACAGAAGGCUGCCUUGGCAAGAUUGGAGCAAGAACAAGUUCAAGCACAAGAAGAUAUUAAACGAAAGAAUGAACUUGUUAAUGAUGCUGAAAAGCGUCGCAAAAUCUCGAUGGCGAUUGAUCACACAGAGAUGGUGGAUAAGAUCUUCGGAUACUUGGACAUGGAAGAGGAGAAUGCGGAUGUUGCCGACACUUCCAUUCCUUACAUGGAGGAAAAGGAAGAUAUCUCAGAGUUUAAAUUCGCAAAAUUUGCUGCAACUUAUUUCCAGUCAAAUGCUACAAAUGCUCACACUAAGAGACAACUAAAGACACCUCUGCUCCACCAUGAUAUUGAAGGUGAUCGUAUUGCUUCAUUAGCUGUGUGGAUAACUAUACUCAGGUUCAUGGGUGAUUUACCUGAGCCACAGAAGAAAGAAAAUGGUCCAAAGGGUAAGGAUAAUGUGCCAGUCAUGGUGAAGAUACAUGACACACUUGGAAGGUCUUAUGCUAAGAAUGCAAAGCAGAUAGAGGAUAUGCAUAGUACUGCAUCUCGGAGAAGAAAAUCUUCGUCUAAACAGAAGUUGAUAUCCAUGACAUUGAAGAAGAAAUCCAAGUUAACAGGAGAAGUGGCAAACAGACUGAAGAGUGGAGAUGAUAUAGCAGAUGAUGGUGAAAAUGUGAUGGUGAUUGACAGGCCAACCACUAACUUGGAGAAACUUCAUUUCAUUAUUGGGAAUGGGAUUUUAAGACCAAAUAUCAGAAAUGAGAUCUACUGUCAGAUAUGCAAGCAACUGACAAACAACGUCUUUAAGAGCUCACAUAGCAGGGGUUGGAUCCUUCUAUCACUUUGUGUGGGAUGCUUUGCACCCAACGAAGAUUUCGUGAAGUAUCUUCAGAAUUUUAUCAGAGACGGCCCGUCAAACUAUGCCCCAUAUUGUGAGAAACGUUUGUUAAGAACUUUUGCGAACGGAGCAAGAAGUCAACCUCCUAGCUGGCUCGAACUACAGGCGACAAAAUCUCGCAAAAUGAUCAUGCUACCCAUUACCUUUAUGGACGGGGCAACAAGCACUUUUCUUGCUGACUCAGCAACAACAGCGAAGGAAUUAUGCGAUGUUUUGGCGAAGAAAAUUAACUUGGCUGAUCAGUUUGGAUUCUCACUAUACAUUGCUCUAUUUGAUAAGGUGUCUUCCUUGGGCAGCAGUGGUGACCAUGUAAUGGAUGCAAUAUCACAAUGUGAACAAUAUGCUAAGGAACAAGGUGCACAAGAGAAACACGCUCAGUGGAGGUUGUUUUACAGGAAAGAGAUUUUCACACCAUGGCAUGACCCAACUAUAGAUAAGGUUAGCACCACCCUCAUCUACCAACAAAUAGCACGUGGGGUAAAGUUCCACGAGUACAGAUGUGACACAGACCUUGAAUUGGCUCAACUUGCUUCUAAACAAUAUUACGUUGAGCACGGUGCCGCAAUACAGGCAACCAGUCUCGCUCCAUUGAUUUCAAGUUACUUGCCGGAUCGCAUUGUGACAUCACAGAAGACACUUUCAUAUUGGUCAAAUAUGAUAAUGAAACAACACAAAGAGGCAAUAUACACUCGUGAGCGUUGGGAACCACAUCGUGUUCGUGAGGACGUUGUGAAACUGGCAAGGUUUUCAUGGCCCAUGAUGUUUUCACGGUUUUAUGAAGCAUACAGAAUAUCAGGAUUAUCUCUUCCAACAGAUGAAGUUGUUAUUGCUCUUAACUGGACUGGUGUCUUUUUCUUGGACGACCAGGAACAAAUUCUUCUCGAACUACCAUUUGUUGAAGUGACUGGAGUGGUUGCCAAUAAAAGCUCUGAAAAGAUGAAAGCUGCCACCAUCACACUAAGUACUGUGCGUGGUGAUGAACUCGUGAUGACAUCAUCAAGCUCUGAUGACAUAUGCAGUAUCGUCAACCUGUUUAUUGAUGGAUUGAAAGAAAGAUCAAGAUAUGCCGUGACUUUGAAUGUUAACCCUAAAGCUGGUGAUGAAAGUACGAUACUUAAUUUCAAGAAAGGUGACCUGAUAGUGUUGACUCAACCAGCAGGGUCAGAGUUUAACGCUUCAACAUGGAGGACAGGGGUGAAUGAUCGAACUGGGGCUUCAGGGGAUUUUCCCACCGAUAGUGUGUAUGUGUUACCCACACUUGUAAAGCCUAUGGAGGAUUUGGUGAAUAUGUUCACUAUGAGUCCUGGUGAGCUUGCAAAACAUGGGAAAAGGUUCAGCAAAGUUGGAGAUGCUGAUUUUGACCUGGACGAAAAACCUUACACACUUGAAGAGUAUGCUGCAGAUUUUUUCAGAGCACCCAUCCCACAAACAAUAAACAGAGCACCCCCAAGCAGGAGAGGUAAAGACAAGUUAUAUGCCAUGAGUAGAGAACCAAUACGACAACCUCUGCUUAAGAAGUUGGAACAUAAUCAUGAAAUGACCCAAGAGGCGGUUGCCAUCUUUCUGGCUCUCAUGAAGUACAUGGGUGAUUACCCUUCUAAGAGACCACGCCAUGGCAACGAACAAACCGACCAGAUAUUUGAACCCCCACUAAAGCAUGAGCAACUAAGAGAUGAGGUUUAUUGCCAAAUCAUGAAACAACUGACCAAUAAUAAGCAGAGUUAUAGUGAAGAAAGAGGUUGGGAGUUGAUGUGGUUGGCCACUGGUGUGUUCGCACCAAGCAACCAACUAAUGCCACAUCUACAAAAGUUCCUUGGCACAAGGAGAGCCAAUCCAAUGGCCAAUGAUUGCUACCAUAGAUACAAACGUCCAGUCACCCAUGGUCAAAGAAAAUAUCCUCCACAUCUAGUAGAGGUUGAAGCUAUUCAACAUAAGACGACUCAAAUCUUCCAUAAAGUUUAUUUUCCUGAUGAUACAGAUGAGGCAUUUGAAGUUGAAUCUUGCACCAGAGCCAAAGAUUUCUGCCAAAACAUCGCAAACCGACUCCGUUUGAAAUCUGCUGAUGGUUUCAGUUUAUUUGUAAAGAUAGCUGACAAAGUGAUCAGUGUUCCUGAGAGUGAUUUCUUCUUUGAUUUUGUUCGUCAUCUUACUGAUUGGUUGAAAAAAGCACGCCCAACUAAAGAUGGUUCAAAUCCCACCCUCAGCUACCAAGUGUUCUUCAUGAAGAAAUUAUGGGCAACCACCAAGCCUGGCAAAGAUCCAAAUGCUGACAAUAUAUUUCAUUAUUAUCAGGAGAGACCAAAAUACUUACGUGGCUAUCAGAAGUGCUCUAAAGAAGACGCUUUUGAAUUGGCUGCUCUCAUAUACAGAGUUCAGUUCGGAGAUGAUAAAAGUCAAUUCCCCAACAUUCCAAGGAUGUUGAAGGACCUUGCUCCUAUUUAUCUUCUUCGUCAAGCUUCCCCAGAUGACUGGAAGAGGAACAUCAUCCACCAUUACAAUAAGAGCACAGUGCGAACAAAGGAAGAUGCAAAACUUGCUUUCCUUAACAUCAUAUUUAAGUGGAAGACAUUUGGUUCAGCUUUCUUUGAAGUUAGACAAACAACCGAGCCCAGCUAUCCUGAGAACCUGAUCAUUGCUAUUAACAAGCAUGGAGUAAGCCUCAUUGACCCCAAGACCAAAGCGAUUCUUGUAACGUACCACUUUGCCAACAUAAGUAACUGGAGCAGCGGUAACAGUUAUUUCCACAUGUCAAUUGGGAGUCUGGUGAAGGGAAAUAAACUUCUUUGUGAAACCACAUUGGGCUACAAGAUGGAUGAUUUACUGACUUCAUAUAUCAGUCUUAUGCUUAACUUUGUGACAAGAAACAACAAGAGAAAGUUAUGACCAAC